ACCUGCUCACUUUGGAUAUAAAGGCUCCUGCUGCCUCUGGCUCUAAAGUCACCCUCCAGGAUCUUCCUCCAUCAACCGUCCAACCAUCAGAGAGAAGUUUUCAUCCUCAUCAUGGCCGUGUUCAACCAACCAACCAAACACGAACUUUCUGACUUCCAGAGCGGCCUGUGCAACUGCUGCGACGACGUCGGAACCUGCGUCUACGGUUAUUUCUGCUACAUGUGCCUCGGCUGCUCCAUCGCCAGCGAAAUGGGCGAAUGCUUCUGCUGCGGUCACAGCGUGGCCAUCCGAAGCAUCUACAGGACCAGAUACAACAUCCGGGGGUCGCUGUGUGAAGACUUCAUGGUGUCGACCUGCUGUUCGCCCUGCGCCUCCUGUCAGCUCAAGAGAGACAUCGACCGCCGCAAAGAGCAGGGCAUCUUCUGAACAGAAACUCGUGAUAACGGAGGGAGGUCCUAAAUAUGGACGGCGGAGAUGAUAAAUCAGCAUCAGCUCGUUCUCCUUCUGAUAAACGUGUUAAUGUGGCUCAGCCUCUGUGAUUGACUGUGUGUGUUAUUAUCUAUUAAUAAAGUUAUUGUGGAAACUA